CCCGUCACUGCCUUAAGGCAAGGUCCGCGCGUUACAAGCACCUUCCUUCAUUACGCGGUAGAGGCCUUCCAGCUCUCCUCCCCCGUCAAACUCUCUUGUACAUUUCUAAGGGCCUGGACAACCCCCUGAACCCCUCUACCCACCCUUUGCUACCUUACUGCGUAGGUUCCCAGGUACGCCAGCUUCGGUCCUCAUCAUCCCGUUGCUGUUAGCCCGGUACCACGGACCAAGCCCAGGGCUUGCCAUCGUCUCGCUCGUCCUCCACGUCGUCGUCGCACCUCUUCCUCCAACCGACCAUUCGAGGGCCUAGUUUGUCACCACAAUUCCCAAUUCGACAAGCCCGCGCCCAGCUUUGCUCUCGCUUCCACUGCCACCGCGAGAUCACGGCCUCUGCCACUUAACCUCAUUACCUUGCUUCACCUCACCUAACCCUGAUUUUCAUCACCGGCGCCGUAUCGCUUCUUUUUGGGUUUUUGCCUUUUCCUUUUUUUCCGCCUCCCCCAGAGGCCCCGAGCCCUCGAGUACAACCUCUCAUCUUCUCGCUGGCGAACUACAUCCAAAACCCUCCAGACGAAAUCAAACGAGCGCUACCACCACAACGACACCGCCCACGCCCCUCGCUACUCUCACCACCUCGAAAUUCACUUCCCGCACCGCCCGUCUGCUUUCGCUGCUAUCGCGCUUUCUGAGCACACACCCCCUUUCGAAGCGCCAUUCACUACAAGCUCUCUUGCCCGUCGUACACGCCCUUCCUGUCGAGCUUCUGGCACGAACCGCACAGCCUGCCGACCGAUCCUCAUCUCUCGUCGUCCAUGAUACAGCUCUUCACAGUUGAUCCUUCGCCUAUCGAUCGUUUUGCUUUCGACUUGCUUUCAUGACCGGCGACAAAGUCGUCUUCCUGCUCGCCAGAUAAUUGUCGUGACGACGUCCUACGAAAAAGGACCUUCUGCCCGUCAUGACUGCUGUCGUGGAGGAUUAUUUGGAGAGUCCCAUGGACAAUGACGACGUCUUCCCUUGCAAAGGUUGCGGCGAGAUCCUAGAAGAGGGCAAAGCGUUCGAACUUGCUGGCAACCGAUGGCAUCUCAACUGCUUCCGCUGCAAUACUUGCGGCACCCUUCUCGAUUCCGAUGCGAACCUGCUACUCCUGGGCGACGGCUCGCUCAUCUGCAACAACUGUACAUAUAGCUGCAGUGCCUGCAACAACAAGAUCGAAGACCUCGCCAUCCUCACCGGGGAUCAGGCCUUCUGCGCAACGUGCUUUAGGUGUCGCAACUGCAAGCGGAAGAUCGAGAACCUGCGAUAUGCUCGAACUUCGCAAGGCAUUUUCUGUAUGAGCUGUCAUGAGUCGCUCAUGGCAAGACGGAGGAAAAAAUCAAAAGCAGCAGCCCAGGCCAAGUCGAAAGAAAAGGACGGCUCCCCCAUGAUUACCGACAAGUCACUUCCCGCCUUGCCACCCAACGCCAUUCCUCCGAAUGCCUUCCACGAUACCAAAGUCGACCCCGAUUCAGACAAGGAGACUCCGACCGAGCUGUCUCCAAGACCGCGACCGGCAUACGGCAGAAAUGAUUCUUCGUCGAAAAAUAGCACUCGGCCUUCGCGUUCUCCUGAGCGUGUCCCCGAGCCCGUCAGGGAAAGCGGCUUGGGUCUUCCUGCUGCAAACUACCGCAACAAUCGCAACUCGACCAUGUAUGCUCCUAAUAACAACGCCGAUACUAACGGCGGUGACGACGGUUUCUUCAUUCCGGUGGCGCUGGACAAUAACCCGGCAUCGAAUGCCACCCCCCGAUCGACAUCGGAGAACGUGUCCAGCGCAUCCAAGAAGGACAAGGACUACUUCAGCGUGCCCCGAGCUAGCACUGAUAAAAAGGGCGAAUCCCAGUCCUCAACACCCCAUAUUGCUUUUCAGGAGAAGGGUCGACAGCCGUCGUCUGAUUAUGAGUCCGGGCCCAUUAAGUUGCCGCUGCGCAAGACUUCAAAGUCAUCUCGGCAUGACGGGCGAUCAUCGGUCAUUAAUGACGAGAAAUCGCAGAAGGUUACAACCGGCAAGCUCUCGCCAUCGAUUGAUGAGUUUAAGUUGCAAGAUGCGCCCAAGAGCAAGAAGCUCAUUAGCCCGAGAAGUGCUUCUCACUCGGCCGCCUUGACCCCUGAGAGCGGCAGCGCCAAGAGCAGCGAAGGUGUUCUUCGCAAAGACAAGGAGCCGUUUCCUAACCUGCCUUCGUCCGAUUCACCUCCACGCAUGGCCCGAUCGUCUCAAGAUUCGAGACAGCGUGACGAGGGCGAGGUGCGUCCUUCGAUGGACUCCAUCUCUUCUUCGCGAACAGACACAACUGCUGGCAAAUCCAUUGCUCGUAAAGAGCUUCCCUCGCGUAGCUCCAACGGCAAACCUCUAGGUCGAUCCAACACACAUGAUGAGACAACCUCAUCAGGUCUCGCAGCCGGGCGGCCGAAUAUGACUGAGCACAAGCUCAGCGAUACUUACAUGCAGCCUCGAGCACCCCCUCAACCGCCCGGCAAGCCUGCCAACUCCCCCAAUCCUCCCGCAAAGGAUCAGGCGAACGUCAACGAGGAAGGAAAGGUAUCACCUAAGCUGCCUAGAUGGAGUGCAGGUGGCGAUUUCAGUAUGGACGAGGACAUGGCGAGGAUACUUGGUACCGACGCAGAUUCGUCGUCCAUCCUUCGUCGUGUGUCAAAUGCUGUCCGUCACGGACGUACCAACAGUACCGAGGGUGGUCAUUCUCAGACUCAACAUCCUCAUAGAGUCACAGGUCACACGAGGAGUAUCAGUGAGACCACCCGUGGAACCGCUUCUCCUCGCUGGCCCAAGACCCCCAUCGCCGAGGAUCCCAACGGACAUGAGAUCAGCAGCCCUAUUUCCCUGCACUCGAGCGACGAUCCGGCUUUCCUCAAGAGGCAGUUGCGCAACUCAGAGAAUCGUGUUGCCGAGUUGGAGAGACAGUUCACCACGGAGAAGGACUUGAAGCGUCUUAACAAGACGCUCAUUGAAAAGCGCAAAACAGUUUCGGUGUUGGAUACUCAGACUGAGAUUAUGAUUCGUCAGCUGGAAGUUCUCGCCGGAUACGUCGAACGCGCAAAGGAGACCAAGACACCUGUCGAUCCCCGCGACCUGGAAGAUUCUGCAAUCAAGGAGUUUGUGCAGAAGCUUGACAAGGUCAAGCAGGCCAUGAGCGCAGCCAUCGAGCAGCUGCACGAGGAACGCGACGAGCUAGUCGACGAGAAGAACCAGGCAAUGGCCGACAGGGACCGCGCCCUGCUGGAGUUUGAGCAGCUUUCUUCCAAGAACGCCCAGCUUGCGGACAUGAACAACGACCUGACCCACCAGAUCCAAGAACGGUUCAAGUCUCAAAUUGGAGGCGAACUCAAAUCUCCCAACGGCCUUGGCAUUUACAGCCAGAGCAAGGUCUUCUCAUCAUCCAACCUGAACCUCACCGACUCAGCGAGCAUGACCACGACUCUCGUUCAUGAGACGGAUGAGCCAGUUGUUGAAGCUCGACCGACAGUGGUUGAUAUCAGGAAGGGCCAGGUGAAGAAGUUCAACUGGAAGAAGGGAUCCAAGGGUCUCGCAGGAAGCGUGGCCAAGGGUGUCAACCGUGCCGUCGUGGCUUUCCAGCAGGAGCGCGAACGCGGUCCUCAUCAGGGCCUGACGGGAGACAGCAUCGGCCUGCCGUACAAUAUGACUGUUUCACAAGUAGAAGCACCCAGCACCCAGGCUCCUGGACCUGCUUCGCAGCAGAAGAAUGCGCAGCAAGCACAAGGUUUUGGCUUCUUCAAGAACAAGAAUAACCAGAAGUCAAUGUCCACGACCAACGUGUCGACGCCCACGAUUGCAGAGGCGCCCACCACCUUGUUCGGCUCAGAUCUAACUGAAAGAGCUGACUACGAAAGGCGCACCAUCCCAAGCGUGGUAACACGUUGUAUCGAAGAGGUUGAGCUUCGCGGUAUGGAUAUUGAAGGCAUCUACAGAAAGACGGGCGGCAACUCUCUGGUGAAGGUCAUUCAAGAAGGAUUUGACAAGAGCGAGGACUACGACAUCUCAGACCCUGGCCUGGACAUCACCGCGGUGACGAGCGUGUUGAAGCAAUACUUCAGGAAGCUACCAAUGCCGUUGUUGACGUACGAGGUGUACGACAGAGUCCUUGAGUCGAAUGCCAUCACAGACCAGACCGAACGCUGUGACCAUCUUCGUAAGGUUUUCAGCACGAUGCCACAGCGGCACCGCGACUGUCUUGAGUUCUUGAUGUUUCAUCUUGCGCGGGUUGCUCAACGGGAGCCUGAGAACUUGAUGUCUCCCAAGAACUUGGCGGUCGUAUUUGCGCCCACUAUCAUGCGAGACACGAGCCUGGAACGCGAGAUGACAGACAUGCACGCCAAGAAUCUGGCUGUGCAAUUCGUUGUCGAGAAUAGCCACACCAUCUUUACCGACUGAAAGACUGGCUUGGAUGGACAACAAUGAUGUUGGAAACUCAUGUACAUAUCAACACACCCCACGACUUGACGCCCUCGACCCCCUUCUAUUCAACGAAUCUGGCCCGGCGAUACUUUUCCCCACGCCUGAUGGCUUUCAUUACUACCUCACAUUUGGAUUCGAACUGUUCGAACGCCGUCAUGACCGCAGCAAUACGGGAGUCUUUUCCGCGCCAGGGAAAUUUAAUGAUAUCCACAUUUCUUGCUUCGGGGCACGAAUGGAGUUUUCUUUGGUUCUCAAAGGCAGGUUUAGGAUUCAGGGCUGACGGGAUGUCGUCACUGUCGUUGCGAGAGCGCGAUCCCACCUCGUCCAAUCAUGAGGUGUCGAGGGCGGUUCAGUUCGAUCUUGUGGCGAGGUUUCUGCAGUUGGUUAGAAGUAGGACGAGUCAUACGUGACAGGAUGAUGACCGAGCACGACGCUGAAGAGCAUGGUACUUGCGCUUGGAGUCAUUGCGGGCGAGGUGGAAAGCCAAGUUCUAGUGACGCUGCAAAUAUCUCAUGGAUGGCCCAGCCCAUCCUUUGUAUCUGAAC